CUUGAUGAUAUGUAUUAACUCAGCAAUUUCAACAACAAUGUCGAUGAUUCUGCAAUGUUUGGACCUUUGGGUCAUUAGUUAGGCUUGUCUUUAAGCCUAUUGGGCUCAUGUCAGUUCUAUUUUUGGGCUUGACAUAGAGCCUUAUUUAAUUUGUCACCUGGUUGUCAGGUCCAACACUUAUGUAAUACACCCAAGGAAGCAUAACCAGAGACACAACAACUCUCAUCAAACAGCCCCGUGGCAUAUCACAACCCCAACAGCAUUCACUCGUCUCAGAAACAUUGCGUUACACGUGUCAAUGGAGGGGAGACUGGAGAGAAAAAGAAAAGAAAGGGUAUUGAUGGCGUUUAUACACCAGUGGGUGUUUUUACAUCUGAUUGCUUAAUUUGAAUGUAGGGUCUACUUGAGGACAUAUAUUUUCGUUACUCUUCACUGCUUACGCUUUGAAGCUCAUUCAUGGCUUCUCUGGGCUCUCUUCGCUCUCUGUAUGCCAUGCCUUGGCUUCCUUCUUUCUUUUCUUACAUUCCCACACUUCUAUAACUCCUUAACCGUUAUUCUAAUAUCUUUUCAACUUUGGGUUUUUGGUUUUCUUGUCUUGCAACCUUACUUUUUAUCAAGGGAGAAAGAAGACAUGAGUGCUGGGGUGUCUUUCAAGCACAGUUUUAGCAUGCUAAUGCUUCAGUUGUUUAUGUUUUUUGCCUGCUACCAUGAAUGUUUAUCCAGCCCACUGGAUCAUCUUAAAGGAUAUAUGUUAACAGAAAGAGGAGUAGAUGCCUUCUCACCUGAAGUUACCCCGAGUGCAGCUCCUCAGCCAUUUCUUGCUCUUCUUGCACCCUCUCCAUUGUCACCCUUCACAAAUAGUACUGUUCCUAAAUUAUCGGGUAUGUUUUACAUAGUUGGGCACAUUGGAAUGUCAAAGCAAUGGGGGUUUAAGUGUCUAAUUACAUUUUGCACUUGGCGUUUUGUAGGACUCUGUAUCUUAAAUUUCACUGCUGCUCAAAGCUUGAUAAGCAUGACCUCAAUCGAUUGUUGGGCUGCAUUUGCUCCAUUGUUGGCGAAUGUAAUUUGUUGUCCGCAGCUACAUGCAACUCUUGUGAUUCUUGUUGGUCAAUCAAGUAAAGAGACUGGUUUGCUUGCUUUAAAUAGAACACUUGCCAAGCCUUGCCUCUCAGAUAUUGAGCAAGUCUUGGCAGGCCAGGGUGCUGGUGAUAAUCUCAAGCAGAUUUGCUCGAUUCAUCCAUCAAACCUUACUGAAGCCUCUUGCCCAGUAAAAGAUGUUGAUGAAUUUGAGAACACUGUAGAUUCUUCUGAGCUUCUAGCUUCAUGUGAAAAGAUUGAUCCUAUGAAAGAAUGUUGCGACCAAGUUUGCCAAGGUGCCAUAUCGGAAGCUGCAACGAAACUAGCACUGAAAGCUUCUGAUCCUUUGAGCAUGGAUGGACCCCAUGUUUUACCUGAGCACUCAACAAGGGUAAAUGAUUGUAUAACGGUUGUCCUUCGGUGGCUGGCAAGUAAACUUGAUUCUUAUCAUGCAAAGGAAGUUCUCAGAGGACUAACCAAUUGCAAUGUUAACAAGGUUUGCCCCCUCGUUUUCUCCAACAUGAGGCAUGUUGCAAACAGCUGUGGAAAUGGAAUAAGUAACCGGACAGCUUGUUGUGAUGCUAUGGAUAGCUAUGUUUCUCACUUGCAAAAGCAGACCCUUGUCACCAACUUACAAGCUUUGGAUUGUGCUACCUCACUAGGGUUGAAGCUACAGAAAUACAAUAUCACCAAAGAUGUUUAUAGCCUAUGUCACAUAAGCCUCAAGGAUUUCUCCCUUCAAGUUACCGACAACAUGUAUGAAUCAGUUGCGAGUCAGAGAUCUGGAUGCCUCCUGCCAAGCUUGCCCUCUGAUGCGACAUUUGACAAGUUCUCUGGGAUCAGUUUCAUUUGCGAUCUAAAUGAUAAUAUUCCAGCUCCAUGGCCCUCUCUGUCACUUCUACCAUCUUCAUCAUGCAAUAAAACUGUCAGAAUUCCUGCACUACCUGCUGCAACAAAUGCUCAAAGUGGUCUUUACAUUGAAUAUGUUGCAGUUUAUCUUCUCAUUGCCUCUUCAAUGGUUAUAAUGAUGCUCUUACAGUUCUAGUUUGAGGCUGAUUCAAUCUUUCUCCGUGA